CAAGGCAGUUGAGUCAUCCAGCCACGGAAUCGCAGUCGUAGCGUGCACGCACCCUACUAACGAGCGGACAGAAUACGCCUAUCCGAAUGACGAUCAAGAACUCACGCGCUACGCACCACAUCUGGCUGUUGACAUUAGAUGGAGAACUAGGGACAAGCCCCGGGCGACACACAGCAAAGAGGGUGCUUGAUUUAGGCACAGGGACUGGUAUUUGGGCUAUCGAAUUUGCUGACGCACAUCCUGGCGCCGAAGUCAUCGGUGUGGACUUAAGUGCUAUCCAGCCUGAACUAUUACCUGCAAAUUGCAGUUUCGAGAUAGACGACCUUGAGCUCGACUGGCAGUGGAACCAACCCUUUGACUACAUUUUCAGCCGUUCCGCGGCUGGCGCCUGGUCGAAUUUCCGGUCCAUCAUCAAGAAGGCUUUUGACAACCUGGAGCCGGGCGGGUACUUCGAGAUCCAAGACCUGGAGCUCCCUUCGGUCUGCGACGACGGCACGGUGCCGCCGACGGCGGCCCUGUGCCGCUGGCAGCACGCACUCGUGGCCGCUUCCGACGCCAUCGGCCGCCCGCUCAACUACGCGCCCAACUGCCUGGGCGAUCUCCGAGACGUCGGCUUCGUCGGCAUCCACCACCAGAUCUUCAAAUGGCCGUUCAACAACUGGCCCGAAGACCCGAAGCUGAGGGAGAUCGGCCGCUGGAACUGCGCGAACCUGGACAUGGGCCUCGAGGGCUUCUCCAUGGCGCUGAUGACGAGGGUCAACGGGUGGACCCGCGAAGCCGUCGAGGAGUUGUGCGAGGAAGUCAAGCGCGAGGUCAAGGACACGAGAUUACACGCCUAUUGGAAACAACAUGUUAUUUACGCAAGAAAACCCGGUGGAGCACCAUCUUGAGUGACCAGAAUAUUCGUCAUAGCUACCUUGGAGGAUACAUAUCAUGAGUCAAUGCAAUACCCGUAACGAACCCAAAAGAAUGUACACAAGCCGGUUGAGUCCAACCAGCAAAAAUGCCAGUGGUUCUUCCUUGUAGACAAAAAGUUUCUUAUCGUAUCUUUUGCGGCUGGGGUGAGCGUGUCGACGUCUUGC